UUUAUAAAUAUGGACCGGUUCUGUUCGUGUUUCGUGGUGAACAAUCUCAGUGGAAGCGGAACCAUUCAUCCACGCUAAAUUAGCCGAGUGGCUAACGUUAGCUAUAUUUGCUAGCAGCCGGUGCUUACUAAACUCGACCAAUAACUCCCUCAGUAAACCAGCGACGUAAAACUAGCCCCCUAUAUUAUGAAUAUCAGAGACAGUCACCCAUAAUAAUAAAAAUUUAACAGAAAUUUGUACGGGGUGUACGGCGAAAGCUGGUGGCCACACGGCCAGCUAUAUUCCUGUGGGUUUAGCUUGCUAGCUUAGCUAUGAAACAAGCUAUUUAAAUUUGACUAGAUGGAUAGGUCUUGAUCCAGGGUUUUGUGUGCAUUUCCUGUGAUUUCCACUGGUAGUUUACCUUAACGUUUCAUAAAAUACAUCUUUACUUGUAUUGUUACAGCUUCCUUAUCAUUUGUCGUCAUUGUUGUUGUUUUUUUUUAUUGUUUACACAUUGUACUUUAGUUUCGAGUUUAUUUCUUUGCCCUGGCACAUGCGUUCAGGUUCAUACAGACUCUUGAUAUGCUAAACCACAUGUAUAUCACCCAAUUAUGUGUCCUCAACAUGAAUAUUGAUUUAUUUAAUAAAGUUAAACCACCCUAAAGAUGGAAGAAAAGCUGUAUGGAUCACUGCCUGUCCCCUCGGAAUAUCUGCAACAGUGGAUUCAGUCUGCCCAGCAGUUUCAAGCACUCCAGGCCCAGUAUUCAGGCUUCAACUCCCACCAACAGUCCCACCACCCAGAGGGACCAUCAUUGGAGAGGGGCAUGGCAAACAUGGCUGCUAAUCCAGAACCCAUGGAUCAGCUGGAGCCGGCCAACCUAGCAAAACCCCCAGCCAAAAAGAGAGGCAGACAGGCACAACCCAAGAAACCCACAGAACCCAAACCACCGAAAAUUCCCAAGGCACCGAAGCUGCCCAAGGACCCUAACGCUCCAAAGGCCAAACCAGGCCCCAAGCCCAAGAAGAACAAGCAGGGCGAGGCAGAUGGAAAGCAGGAGAAGAUAGAUGAGAGUUUCAAGAAGGUGAAGAGGAAAGUGGACCGCUUCAAUGGAAUGACUGAGGAGGAAGUCAUGACAAAAACCCUCCCAGACCUGCUGGAUUACAACCUCGACUAUGUCAUUAUCGGUAUCAACCCAGGUCUGAUGGCAGCUUACAUCGGACGAUGGUUCCCAGGACCUGGGAAUCAUUUUUGGAAGUGCCUGUUCCUCUCUGGAUUUACUGAUGAGCAGCUGAAUCACAUGCACGACACCACCCUGCCUGUCAAAUACAAAAUCGGUUUCACCAACAUGGUGGCCAGGGCGACGCCGGGAAGCAAAGACCUCUCAAGUAAAGAGCUGCGUGAAGGAGGCAAAAUCCUCACAGAGAAGUUGAAGAAAUACAGACCUCUCAUUGCAGUUUUCAAUGGAAAAUGCAUAUAUGAAAUGUUCUGCAGAGAGAUGUUUGGCAAAAAACCAAAGGAUCUUGUAUUUGGUCUGCAGCCACACAAGAUACCCGACUGUGACGUGGCGCUAUAUCUGAUGCCCUCCUCAAGUGCCCGUUGUGCCCAGUUCCCCCGAGCCCAGGACAAAGUCCACUUCUACAUCAAGUUGAGGGAGCUGAGGGAUCAGUUGAAGGGUGUCAGAAGAAGCACUGAAAUCCAGGAGGUCAGCUACACCUUCGACCUGGGAAUGGCCAAGGAGGAUGCCAAGAGAAUGGCGAUAAAGGAGGAGCAAUAUGACCCUGGUUAUGAAGAUGCCUAUGGAGGAGCGUAUAUACAGGGAGGACAUGAGGGAGGCCAGGCCCAGAGCCAGAGCAAUGGUCACUGUACAUUCUCAUCUACUCAAAACACAGAAGCAGCAGAGGAUGCAACCACUUCUCAAACGGUAGGCCAGCUCCCAGACGGCCAGUGGAUGACCCAGUCUUUUGCAGAUCAGAUCCCAGACAUCGGGGGUGGACCAAAGGAGGCCAGCGUAUAGAGAGUUCAAAACAUGAUGAGAACAGGAAGAGACUUCAACCAACUUAGUCCUUCUCCCCUUUUUUCAAGUUAUAGAUUUUUUUCUAUUUUAUUAGCGUCGUAGUGGAAUAUAUAUACACAUAGAUGAAAAUGCCCAAAUUUUUAGAUUUUGCAGAAUUUUCUGCAGUUUUUAAUUCUGUUUUUUGGCCACGCGUACAUGUAUAAUUUCCUUCAUGGCAGUCUUUUUAAAAUAUACAAAAUCAGGGACUUGACAAUGAUGCUUGACUGUCCUUGGAGAAGGUCAUGUAUUUAAACUUUGGUUUUACUUUUGUACUGUACUGUACUGUACUGCACUGCACAGUGAUGCAGUAGAUGUUACACUCAUGACUACUGCUACGGCAGUAGAUAGAUCUACAAAUGAAUAUUUUAUAAGUCUGAGUGAUCAGAAACUGUCUGAUGUGAACCUGCUGAACCUGUGUGGUGAGGCAACAACUUUACUCGCAUUCUACUGUUUUACUUUGUGUUUUGAACUGGCCAGGCAGUGACUGAUCUCUCAACAAUGUCAAACUCAUCAUGGGUGCUUAUGAUUCCAUAAAGGGAAUCUCUGGCAAGCCUUUCAUUGAGUUACAAAACUCAAAAGGGUGCUAAUUUAAUCUUUUAUUUGUUUUUUUGCAUUAGGAAUUGUAGUAUUAUGUUUUGUAUGUUUAUGAAAAUGUCAUUCACAAGGACGUAUGUGAAAUAUGUCCAUUAAAAUGUCCUCAUAAUGCUUUUCUA